AUGCUUGCGCAACACCAACACCAGCAGACCCAAACGUCUCAUUUACCGCCUUCCCCCACCAAAACUACGCACACGCCACACCCAGGUCACCAAAUAACACCGUACCACGUCUCCGAAGCGGUCCUAGACUUCUUCUCGCACAUGUUCGCACCUGCGUCAUACCAGUCGUGUACAUGCUCGACGCCGUGUUGGACCCCAGCAUCUCCUAGCACCGACGCCUACGUUGUAGCCUCGGGGCACGAUAAGAAGCUUAAGAUUGUGGUUGACGACGACAUCGUGGUGCUGGAGGACGAAGAUGAUGGAGGACCGUUAUGUAGGGAGGCUACCAUUGCGAGCUGGAAGGCCGGAGGAAAGAAGGAAAGGAGAAACAGUAGUAGGAGAAGGAGCCUGCAAUGGUUGGCGGGUGUGAUUGGGAGGGAAGCAUAG